AUGAGAACAGAGAUUGUGUUUAUUCUUAUUAUUAUUAUUGAAGGAAUUUUUUGCAAUGACACUAGACAGAGACUUAUCACAUUGUUGAGAACUGAUCAAAAAUUUCAUGAUCAAUGGAUACAUCUUGUUGAAUUACAGCAUCGACAAGUACAUGAACAAAAUAUGGGUGGUGCAUUAGAAGAAGUCACAGAUUUGUUAUUGAAUUGUGCGCCGAAGUUAGAUUCUAAAUUGGAUCACAUAGAUUAUGUAUGCCCAGGCGACAUAGAACUUUACGCCGAACUAGGACAACUGACACGAUAUUGUAAUGACAGUAUCAUGGAAUUGAUUAAAGGUAGAGUAGACUCAUGUCAACAUGCCAGUUACACCAGUUCACUCCCAUCAAUUGUUAAAUUUCUGAUGAAAUCUAUUCAAAAUCUAACAGUUAUUGAAACAUCAAAAGCGACGAAACUUGAAAAUCAAACGCAGUAUUUGGUGGGGCAAUUCAUGGAACAUAAAAGCUGGCGAAAUAAAUGGAAACUGAUUGUUAUUAUGCCCAAUAUAGAGGAUGGCGAACUGCGGGAACCUGAGCAAUCAGCAGUUGAAGUAAUGAAGUCAAUUAAGUUGCUUUACGAAGUGAUACCGAAACGGACAAUUUUGAUUGUGGUACGAAGUUCCACACUGAAACUAUGGCAGGACGCAUCUAACACGCACCGAGCAUGUCAAACAUUGCUGGAACCGUGGAAACUUUAUGAAAAACUGAAUCCGGUUUCCAUCUGGGACCAAGUUGAAAAAAUUUGUGGGUUACAUUUUCAAAGUUCAUUAUUUACCGUGCAAAUUUUACCGCUCAUGAAGGAUGCCUCAUUACCUUUCCUACCUGGCUCUAAUCAGAUGGACUUAUCCUUGCUUGGUCAUGAUUGUGUACAUUUUUCACCGCGUGGUUUAUCUCUUCUGCACAUUGCAAUAUGGAAUGCGAUGUUAACGAGACUACCGGAUCGAUCGCAAGCCUUCAAUUUCUCCUUGGAACGACCCCUUUGCGCUGAUCCACAAUGCCCAUUCAUCCGUACCGCUAAAAAUAGUGCCUUAUGUGUUUGGAAUAUUCAAAAAGCAGAUGGAAAUGGUCGUCGUUCGGAACAAUUGAUUGCAAUCGGUGUAUUGAUCAUAGCAACAGUAUUAUUUGUUAUAGUUCUUGGUACCAUUUGCUGCUUUACAAGAUACCAUAAUAAGGUUAAUGAAGUGGCAGAAAAUCUUCCCAAGAAGCCACCUGUAGGGGCCGAUUGGAUCUCAUGGAAAUACAUAGAUGAAGAUAGCAGCGCAUCCUAUAAAUUUUAA